AUGAAAAGUAUUUUGAUUAUGGGUGCUAACCGUGUUCUUGGUUUGGGUAUUGUCAACGAACUUGAAUUAUUACAUUUAGCGAAACAACAUUCAAAUGUUAUUAUUCCAGUUCAAAUUGAUGUCAAUGGUGAUAAAAGUAGUUAUAAAGCAAAAAAUGAAGCUGAAAAUAAAUUAGGCAACAGUUGCGGUCUCAAUUGUUUAUUAAGUAAUGCUGGUGAAUUAUUUGAUUUAGCUAAAGAACAUUCAGCAACAAUUGUUCCAUUUCAACUUGGCUGUAUUCAAAAAGCAGUUGAACAAGUAGAACAAAGAUUGAAUGAAAACGAUCUACAUUGUUUAAUUAUUAAUGCAGAUAUAACGACAAAAUUAAGAUUUUCAAAUAUUAUUAGAACAGAUAUGAUGGAAACAUAUCGACCAAAUGUUAUUGAAUCAUGGAAAGUUACUGAAAUAUUUUUACCGCUUCUUGAAGAAUAUGCAUUACAUUUACAACAACGUAGUAUAAAACAAUCAUCUUCUACUAUCUAUACCAACAUCAAACCAGGUGAUAGUUCUAUUGUUCAAGUAUUUGAAUGUCUCAAUGGUGAACUUGAAUAUGAACAAGAUGUACCUGGUGAAAUGAUUGAACAAUCAGAAUUUAUAACAUCUGAAUCAACAGUUGGACAGGUACGAAUAUUUAAAAAUGUACGCGUUAAAUUAUGGUUUGAGUGUCCAACUAUAUUAGAUCUUAAUUUUAUGUAUAAAAAGAAACUUCACCAAUUACAAGCUGAAUUAUGUCAACACGGUCUAUAUUAUGAAGCAAUUUUUCCAUUUUCAACUAAUCCAGAUGGUUUUGAUACUUAUUUAUCGAUGAUUAUUAUACGUCCUGUCGUUCGUACAAAUCUUUCAUUUAUUCAAUUUAUACAAGCUGAUAAAACUGAUCUUUACUCAAUGAAUUAUAUUUCAGUAUGUGCAAAAACAUUUUCAUUAACAUAUCCAAUACCAUUUUUGGAUUUUUGCCCAAAAGCUACAUCAAUGGACAUAACCAAUGAACCUUGUUUUAAAUAA